AGGGGGAUGGUGGCGAUGGGUGGGGGACUCGAUCAUGGGGAACAUGAGGCCCUGGGGGACGAGGUCGAGGACCUUCUUGGCCCAGGUCGGAAGGCGGAGGAUGGCCGGGAUGCGGGCGGCGGCAAGGAAGGGCAGACGGGAGGGCCUCGGCGAUGCUGCCGGGACCGUGCUCCAUGUCCUCGUCCACGUACUCGAAGCCGGCGAUCUUGGCAAAGGUGGGUCGGGGAGGAGCUCAGAAGGAAGAAGCCGUAGAGGGUCUCGCCAGCGGCGAGAUGGGACUUGAGGGUCCGGGGUUCGGGGGAGAUGGGGGGCGGGGUCGGGAUCCAAGGAGGCAGCGGCGGCUCCGAUUCCAGGGAAAGAGGCUCUUUUCUUGGAAGAUUGGGAGGUGAUUGAGUUGGAGAUGGGGACGAUAGUUUGAUUGGAUUUGAGGACGAAGAUGGAUGGGUUUCGGUGAUUUGGUGUUUUGGGGGAGAAGAGAAGGGGGUUUCCUUUGGCCGGCGGCGGCGAGGGCGACUCGGGGUUUCGGCGGAGGGGAAGCGGCUCCUCCGCUUCCUUUCUUUCCCUACGCUGAGGUGGUCAGUUAUCCACGUGGCGGAGUUUUAUUAACCCGGUGUAUUGAUGAGCUGGUACACCUGGCGUAGGAUAUAAUUUGCGCGGACGGUAGCUAUAUAUAACUUCCCUUACGGGUGGUGUUUCUGCUCAAAAACCAAGAUUCCAAGUCGUCGGGGAGCCCCUUACCCGUGACGAUUAUCUCCUCCUCCUCGCCCGCAAUCCAAGUAGUCGAUUGCUUCUUUAUUCGAAUCACAGCUUUCUCUCUGAAGAAGAAUUUAUAAGAAAACGAAGGAAGAACAAUAACAGCUUGGAAAGGGGAAUGCUACUGCAAAGGCUUGUGAUGAAACAUUAUUCUUGGAUAAAGAAAAGGCAGAUUCCACAGACUCAAAUCAACUUCUCAGCUCUAUUUGGCACCCAAAGAGUUUGUGAUAACAAAGAAACAGGGGAUACAAAGGAGAAUGAGGAAGGAGAGGAUUUCCCAUAUGCUGAUGUUCCGAAGCCUGCGAAGAAGUGGGAAAGGAAACCGUAUCCAACCCCCAUGAAAGUGUUGAUCCAAAGGGCCAAGGAAGAGAAGCGGGCUAGGCAGGAAAACCCAUGCCGCCUUCUUGAACAUGCCCCGGAGAAUGGCCUCCUUGUCCCUGAGCUCAUUGAGGUAGCCCAUCAAGUGUACAAUGCCAGGGAAUCACUGCUUCAUGGUCUCUCCAAACUUGUCAAUGGUGAUGCUGCUAUCCCUGUCAAAAGAUGCAGGUUUUGUUCUGAAGUGCACAUUGGCCACUUUGGGCACGAGAUUAGGAGUUGUGAAGGCCCCAAGUGUGGUUCAAGGAACUCUAUCCAUGUGUGGAGGAGAGGAGGACUUAGAGAUGUUGUAGGUUUCCCAUAUUGCUACCACCUGUAUGAUAGAGUUGGGAAGCCAAGAGUUGGGCACAAAGAAAGAUUUGGAGUCCAAAGGCUUCCAGCAGUAGUAGAGCUGUGCAUCCAAGCAGGUCUAGACCUUGAAGGUUACCCAACAAAAAGAAGAACUAAGCCUGUUUACUCAAUUGAUGGAAGGAUUGUAGACUUCGACCCAGAAGAACAGGCUGUGGCAGUAGAGGAAACUCUUGAAUCAGUGAAUCAGUCUCGAAGAGCCAGCUCCAUGGACAGCAUAUUCGAAGAGCAAAUGACGGUGAGUGAAUUGAGUGCCAGGACAUUGCAGUCUUGGUUGGAGAUGAGAUCAGGGGCUAUGAAGCUUUUGAAGAAAUACAGUGUGGUAACCUGUGGUUAUUGCCCUGAAGUCCAGGUUGGGCCUAAGGGACACAAAGUGAGGAUGUGCAAAGCUUCAAAGCACCAGCACCGCGAUGGUUUGCAUGGAUGGCAAGAAGCCACCAUCUAUGAUUUGAUUAGGCCAAACUAUGUAUGGCACGUGAGGGACUUGCAUGGCUCCCCACUAGUUAAUGAGCUAAAGAGGUACUAUGGGAAGGCUCCAGCCAUUGUGGAGCUUUGUGUGCAGGCUGGAGCACCAGUACCUAAACAAUAUAGAAGUAUGAUGAGGUUGGAUGUUGUACCUCCUAAUCUUGAUGAACAUGAUCUUGUUGCCUGAUUUCUUUUUUCUUCUAAGUGAAGACCUAAAGGCAUAGGCUGAGGCUACGGACACAGAGACAGAGGCAGCAUCCUACGCUAGCAGUAUCUCUAAUUUUUCGAGCCUGCAUUGUUUUACCUGUAAAGCAGCUGGUGAAUAUGCUGUUAAGAAGAAUGUAAAGAUAAGGGAAAGGUAUCAAAGACUUGUGGCUGCUUCUGUAAUAUAGUUACCCGUUUCCUGUCUGCUUCAUUUAUUUUUGGCCUUUUGCUUUGUGAUUCUGUGCUGAUGCUGCAGCUACCCACUUCCCCUGUUUGCUCUGUCUUGUGACAAGUACACAUAUAAAGUCGAUCCUCCAUUAGUGACAAGUACUUAUGGUGAUUUCAUGAAGAGAUUUAUUAUGAAGCUUGGGCAUAAUAGCUUGCUUCUCCUUCUUCUUCUUCUUCUUUCUUUCUUUUUUUCUUUUUUGAGAGAGAGAAGUUACACAUAUAAGGCUUAACAGGAUUUUGUUGAUUCCUUCUCUUCCAUCGAAUCAAUAAAUUUAUAAUUUCUAGUAA